AUGCGGAAAAUUAUUCAAGAAAUCGACUAUAUUAAAGAACCAUAUAAGAAUCCAUACAGGGGAGAAGCCUUACCAGUGCUCAAUGUGCGACAGAUUGUUCGCACAACAUUCCAACUUGAAUCACACGAACGAACGCACACCUAUGAAAAACCCUACAUCUGUCAAGUAUGCAAAAAGCAGUUCUCACAACAUAGCACUCUGAGGAGACACGAGCGUACCCACAGGAACGAGAAACCAUACUCCUGUGAGAUAUGCAACAAGACUUUCACACAGGGCAGUACUGUAAAGAGUCAUAUGAGAAUACAUACCGGCGAGAAGCCAUAUUCGUGCGGGGCGUGCGCCCGGGCGUUCACGACGUCGAGCACUUUGAGGAAACACGAACAAACUCAUACAGGGGACACGAGCGGCGAUAGUUAA